AUGGUAAUUGAAGAAUAUUCAUUCCAAUUUGGGGACCACUGGGACUUCUCCUUUGACAUGACUUCCAUCUCACCCAGCUAUGAUAUCAAGCUGGCACAGCUCCGGGUUCAUCUACUGGCUUUCUCUCAAUCUAGAAAUAUCACUGUGCAUAUUUAUCACAGCCACAACUACACAUGUUAUGGGAAUCAGACUUGCACAGAUAAGAUGUUUCUUGGUUCCUUUAUGACUAGCCUCUCCCUCAACCAUUCACCCUGGAAAGUCUUCAACAUCACUAGCUUAUUACAUCUUUGGCUCCACCAAGGGAUGCCAUCAGGCAUUGAGAUUCCAGAAGUCCCACAGCAAGACUGGGAAGAGGGGAAUAUAUUUGAGGACAAUAGUAACCCAACAGCAGGUGCGUUCCAGGAUAAGGAUACCCAUAAUAAUUCUAGAGAGGAUGAGAAGCAUUUUGUCCACAAUGGGCCUGAUAGAGCACUCUUGGUGAUCUUCUCCAAAGAUAAGGAACCCGCGGAGCCUUCACAGGGUCCAAGUCUCAUUAAAACUGUAGAGAUGUCCAAGCAUGUUCUGUUUGAUAAUGCAACCAAAGAAGCUGGAGGACGUCGCCAUCGUAGGAACAGAAAACAAAAACAAAGAAUUAAAUCGAAUGCUCUCCAAUCCUCCAAGUGGGCAGAAGAAGGCAAAUCUCCAUGCAAAAGAGUCGAUAUGAUGGUAGAUUUUGAUAAGACUGGCUUUGGAAGCUGGAUAGUGCAUCCCAAGAAAUAUAAUGCCUAUCGAUGUGAAGGAGAAUGUCCAUCACCUGUCGAUGAGACCUUCAAACCAACAAAUCAUGCUUAUGUUCAGAGCUUGCUGAAGGUAUACCAGCCUAACCGAGUGCCCUGCCCAUCCUGUGCACCAAUCAGGUUAAGUCCAUUGUCCAUGCUGUAUCACGAGAAGGGAAGAAUAAGAGUCCGUCAUCAUGAAGACAUGGUAAUUGAAGAAUGUGGCUGCAACUAA